AUGGCACAGAAGCUGAGCCAGUCAGCCGAGCUGCUAGUGCCACGGGGCACGUUGGAUAGCAAGGAGCGGACAGCGAGGAGAGGAGCGGACAGCGAGGACAGGAGCAGACAGGACAGCGAGGAAAGGAGAGGACAGGACAGCGAGGAAAGGAGAGGACAGGACAGCGAGGAAAGGAGAGGACAGGACAGCGAGGAAAGGAGAGGACAGGACAGCGAGGAAAGGAGAGGACAGGACAGCGAGGAAAGGAGAGGACAGGACAGCGAGGAAAGGAGAGGACAGGACAGCGAGGAAAGGAGAGGACAGCAAGGAAAGGAGAGGACAGCAAGGAAAGGAGAGGACAGCAAGGAAAGGAAAGGACAGCAAGGAAAGGAAAGGACAGCAAUGAAAGGAAAGGACAGCAAGGAAAGGAAAGGACAGCAAGGAAAGGAAAGGACAGCAAGGAAAGGACAGCAAGGAAAGGACAGCAAGGAAAGGACAGCAAGGAAAGGACAGCAAGGAAAGGACAGCAAGGAAAGGACAGCAAGGAAAGGACAGCAAGGAAAGGACAGCAAGGAAAGGACAGCAAGGAAAGGACAGCAAGGAAAGGACAGCAAGGAAAGGACAGCAAGGAAAGGACAGCAAGGAAAGGACAGCAAGGAAAGGAUAGCAAGGAAAAGAUAA